CUUAUAGCCUAUCCGUUAAUAGGAAGUCGGAGUCUAGAAUAGACAACAUUUAUUACUGAGAUGGCAACUCAGGGACAUCUUUGUUAUUAAUUCAGUUGAGAAGUUGCGAUUGUUAUCAAUCAGUGUCUGGCGAGCAAGUUGAUCAAUUGAGUGUUUAUCAAUGCCUAAGAUGAUCUCAUUUUUGAAGUGGUGAUUUGACCGUGGUGGUUUGUGUCGUUAAAAUAUUUAGCAUAUUAUUUUUGAACAAAAUUGUUACGAUGUGAAUUAGGAACUUUGGCAUAUAAUGAAUUAUAUAAAGUGAGUGAAGAGUACAUGUACACAAGAUGUCCUCAGUAGGUCAAUUAGUGCCCCAGGUGACAAGAGGUCCACCCAAUAUGACAGUCAAAUACAAUGGUCCCCAUAUUGAAGGAUCAUUUUGCACUUUGAUUGAUUACAACUAUGAUCCUAUCAUCAGUGUUAUUUGUGCAAUGUAUAUUGUCUUUGGGAUUGUGUAUACAUUGUUUGGGUAUAGAUGCUUUAAAGCAAGCAUGUUCUUAACUGGGUUUACAUUUGGUUCUGCGAUUGUUUACCUGAUUUGCUUGCAAGAAUAUCUAAUGCCUCCUUAUGGCAAUGUUGGAGUGGCGCUGUGUGCUGGGCUACUCUUUGGACUGAUUACAAUGUUGAUACAGUAUGUGGGCCUCUUCAUGACUGGAUUCCACACUGGUCUUCUGUUAGCCAUUGCUGGAUUGGCAAUAUAUGACCACUUCUUAGAUAGCAGACCUGUUUCGUAUUGGUUGUGUGUGGUAGCGUUGCUUUGUUCCGGAAUUUUCUUCGCCGUCAUCAACUUGUAUUGGAAAAAAGUGUUGACAAUAUUCGGCACAAGUGUUUACGGAGGUGCGGUGAUAGCUACAACCCUUGAUUACUUCUUCGAAAGGAUGAUGAUGCUUAAAUGGCUAUGGGAGCGCGCUAAGCUGGAGCCGGCGGUACCUCCACCGUGCCGGCUCUCUUGGCUGACGCUUGCCGCGUGGCCGGCCGCCGCCAUAGUUGGCCUCACUGCUCAAUGCGCGCUCACCGCUACUGGAAUAUACCAUGAGCAGAGUAUAAGUGCUCAGAAGCGCCGACUGAAGGCGCAACAAGCGCGGCCGGUGACACGCGAGCAACGAGCUGAGAUGAAGCAGCGCAAAUACAGAUAUCUGUACCAAGUUCGCACCGCGCAUGGUGACGUCAUCUCACAAUCGUACGUGCAAGCGUUGCAGAAGAAGGCUCAGUGCGGCAACUGGAGUGGCGGUGCCAGUGGCGCUGGCGGCGAGUGCAGCACGCUGCAGAGCGACUCUACACAUCUUACUGUCGUCGCUGGCUCCGAGCACGCGCCACAUACAGACUCCGAUGAUGAUCUCAAUCAGAUACGAGCAGCGCAUUAAGAAAGGGAGUUUCUAUGGAGAUACGCAGCUGUGAAGAUUUAAUUUCAUUCAGUAUUACCUUAUAACGACCCAAUCGUAUUCUAAUUGUAAUUAAGUAUUUCAAUGGUAUAUUUAUAUUCUAUUUGGAUUUCUUAUUACGCCAUUGGAUUAUUGUAUAACGUGGGGUUCAAGGCCUAGGUUUGUUUAAUUUAAUCUAUUGCCAAAUAUUAAGUAGACUAAGUUACGAUUUCUAUAUAACGAUUUAUUCAAGUUAUUUAAAUGAUAAUCCCAAAAUAAUACGAAUAAAAAAUGUUUUAAAUUUUAUAAUCAUAUGUCAUUGUAUUGAAAAUUACUUUAUAAUGAAAUUAAAAAAAAAUAAUUAAAAAAUAACCAAUUGUUCUGAUAACGUACAUUUGCAAACUGUCUGAUGUCUUACGACCCCAUCAAUUAAAUUAGUAUUCGUAAAAUAGGAAUGUUUAUAUUUUAUUUGUGAUAAUAUUUUAAUUAUUCACUGCCAUUUACGUGUAGCUCUUAUAAAAUUUCUUAAGAUCAUUACAUGAUUGUUGGUGUUUUUUGGUCUUGAACUCCUCAAAUUGUGAUGAACAAAUUCAAAUGUAUGUUCAUUUGUACGUUGAAUUAUUGGACCCCAUAUAAAAGAGUACGCUCUGAAAUUAUUAUUAAAUUGUUUAUAAUUUUAAUUAGCGAAAGAUAUAGCGAGAAUUUGUACUUGUAAGUUUGACCAUACAAAGUACCCUUCAUUAAUUUAUGUUAACAAUAUCCUUUUAUUUCAUUUAUAAACAUAUUUUAUAAUGGAAUAAUUGUUUAAUAAUAGUUCCGUGGCAUUGCUUGCCGUUUUUUUCCUUCUGGUCUCAUAACAAUUAAGCUUCUAGAAGUUUCAAGAAGGGCCAUCUGAUUGACGGGUCAGCUCUUAAAAAGAGUAUAAAAUGUUUUAAAUAUAACCGUUAAAUUCGGUGGAAAACAUGUUAAUUUUUUUAAUACAAUUAUAUUUCAGUUAAAUGUUUGGUAGUUAUUUUUACGGUCGCUAAUGUCAAUGCUAAGCAUUUGUUUUUUUUUUAUUAAGAAAGUUUUAUUCUGGAUAAAAAUUAUUUACCCGACCGUAUUGUUAAUUUAGUCAAAUUUAAGGUUAUGAUGGCAGCUAACAUUCCAUAAACGCACAAAUACAGAACAGCAUUAAAUGCAAAUACUUGUUAAGAAAUAUCUGCAACGGUCGGGUUUUUUGUACAUUCUGUUGCGUGUGAUAUAUAUAUUUUUUAAUUUUGGCCAAAGUUUAUUUUAGUUGUUUAUUGCAAAUAGCACAAUGUGGGGAUGAUCGAUAGAUGUUCUUGUUAUAAUAAUGUCAUUAUUAAAAAAAAAAUAGAAAUAGUUUAAACAUUCGCUGUAUAAAUUUUUGUCGAAAUUGCAAAUGGUUUUUUUUUAUAAAUAAAUACAAAUUUAUUUUACAAUAUUGUUGAAAAUAUUUUACUUUUGUAUUUAUUUCACUUAAUGUUUUAGAUUAACAUGCUUGUGUGUUAAAGGCAUUAUAAACGUGUAUUACAAAUCUCGGCAAAACAUCGAACAUCCUUACAGCAUUUCCUUAAUUUUAAACCUUAGUUUAUAUUUUACGGAUAACGAACAAUAUUUAAAUAGUUUCCGAAUAUUUGAAUACUCAAUAUUCGUUACAUCUCCAGUAUUUAUAUUUAUUCCCUGAUAUGUUUAAUGAAAAUUUAUUUUUGCUAUUUAUAAACCAUUUUCGUAUUUAAAAUAAUUUUAUUGAGUUAAUAGAAACUGUCUCACAGUAAUUGUUUGAGGUUAUAGCCUGACCAGAUAUAGUAAAACUCUCGUUGUAUUGCGGGGGAAAAUGUGAAAUAUUUUUUUUUGUGCACAUUACAAAGUGAUGUAAUAAAAAAAUCGGUUGAAGCGCCCCCAGGCGGUGAUUUUUUUUUGGUUAAUCUAUAAUGAAUAUCGCGGUAAAAUAGUUUUAUGAUCAAAUAUGGAUGAGGCAUUUGCCCAAGAAAGGGACUUCUAAAUUAUUUAUAAUUGUUGAUUGACGGAAACUUAAAUGUCUUGUAACUCUUUUGUAGCAAGAUCAAGGAAUUCUUUUGCCAGUAAACUGGUCAUUUAGAUGUAAGAGGAGUUUUAUAAAAAAAUGUGGUGUUAAUCAAUGAAGGGAAAUCAAGUUGCAACGUACACUUUGUAUAUAUUAUAGUUAUAAAAUAGACUUAUCUAGAGUAGGACUUUUGUGGUGGAAGUUCGAGGAAUUAAUUUUGAUGUAUGCUCUAUCCAUUCAGCCGCUCAAUGUCUAGUCUUACGUUAUGUAUUCCGGAUUAUUUUUACGCUGUAUUUAUAAUUCUCAUUGUAAUCAAUUUCUUAAUAACUAUGUAUGAUUAUAUUUCACUCAUGCCACAGGCCUCUUAGAUAUAAUGUUUAUUAUUCAAAUAUUUGAUAUUUAAAUGUUCUUUGAAAUAUUUAAAAAUCAUAACCUUUUUGAAUAACUUCUCGUAUUUAAAUCUGUUUAUUUAAUGAUUUAAGAGUCAUAUAGUUUAUAUCAGUCAUUAUCCUGUUUCGCUUUCCUAUUAGAAUUAUUCAAUGUUAUUUUUAUUGUUAUUUUUAUUUGCACGUGAUUAGAAAUUUGUACCCUUUAUAUUAAUAUGAUUAUUUACCUCAU